CUUAAUUAACUCUCUGAUUAAUUAUUAAGUGAAAAUUAAACUUAAUCGCUUCCGUCCUUCACUCAUUCACUGACCACUCUGCACUCAUUCAUUCACUCACACCUCCAAACUAAAGUUGGCUCCUCCUUUUUGUUCCCAUUCACUGCAACAAUUUCCGCUCUGAUCAACCUCUCUCUGAGUCUGAGGGCCAAGAUCUCGCAUCAAUUUUCUCCACACUCUCAGCUGAAAACCAGCCACACCAAAUUCCCUCGUAACGGCUACUGUUCAGAACAAAAAGAACUUUAAGAGGGAUGUCGUGCUGAAUGUUGCUGCCCGGCAGUGGAUUCGGUAUGAAUUCAGCGAUGGACGAUAUUAAUUUGAUUCAGCAAGCUCAGAGGCAUCACUUGGUUGUAAGGGAGAUUGGUGAAGAGAUUGAUCUAGAAAUUGGACCUGGAGACGAUGAUCCUUCAUUUGGUAACACUACUCUAAUUGGUGGCCCGCCACGGGAAUCUUCCACUGAAGAGCAGGGUGAGACCAAGCAGAUGGAGAUGGUUUCUCCGCUCCCUGGUGAUGCUCAAGAUAUGUCGAAGACCCAACCUGGAAAGAGGAAGAAGAAAGUUGUUAAAAGAUGGAGAGAGGAAUGGGCAGACACCUACAAAUGGGCUUAUGUUGAUAUGAAAGAUGGUACGGCUAGGAUUUUUUGCUCUGUCUGCAGGGAGUAUGGCAGGAAGCAUAGAAGAAACCCUUAUGGGAAUGAGGGCAGUCGUAAUAUGCAGAUGAGUGCUCUAGAGGAACACAAUAAUAGUUUGCUUCACAAAGAGGCUCUUCGUCUUCAAAUGGCCUCUAAGGAGAAAAUUACCACUGACAAGCCUAUUUAUGUAAAAGCUCUUAUUUCGAAAACAGCUGGAUCAAUUCUCGAGGCUACACUAAAAAGGGAUCCCCAUGAGGCUGAGUUCAUUCAGGCAGUUCAGGAAGCAGUUCAUGCUCUAGAGCGAGUCAUAGCGAAAAAUUCUCAUUAUAUCAGGAUCAUGGAGCGCUUGGUGGAACCUGAACGUAUGAUUGUUUUCCGAGUACCGUGGGUGGAUGAUAGGGGUGAAACGCAUGUUAAUCGGGGUUUUCGGGUACAAUUCAACCAGUCAAUGGGUCCAUGUAGGGGUGGUAUUCGUUUUCAUCCAUCAAUGAAUUUAAGCAUUACCAAGUUUCUUGGUUUUUCACAGACUUUAAAGAAUGCAUUAUCGCCUUACAAAUUGGGAGGAGCAGCAGGUGGAAGUGAUUUUGAUCCAAAAGGAAAAAGUGAUAAUGAGAUCAUGCGAUUUUGUCAAAGUUUCAUGAGUGAGAUGUAUCGGUACUUGGGUCCUGACAAGGACCUUCCAUCAGAGGAGAUUGGCGUUGGUACUAGAGAAAUGGGAUAUCUUUUUGGACAAUAUAGACGUCUGGCUGGUCAUUUUCAAGGAAGUUUUACAGGACCAAGGAUAUUUUGGUCUGGAGCCAGUCUUCGAACUGAAGCUACUGGUUAUGGCCUGGUUUUCUUUGCACAGCUCAUACUUGCUGAUAUGAAUAAAGAACUCAAAGGAUUAAGAUGUGUUGUGAGUGGUUCUGGAAAGAUUGCAAUGCACGUUUUGGAGAAACUGAUUGCUUAUGGUGCCCUUCCUAUCACAGUCUCAGAUUCAAGGGGAUAUUUGGUUGAUGAAGAAGGAUUUGACUACAUGAAAAUAGCAUUAUUGAGAGACAUCAAAGCUCAACAAAGAAGUUUGAGAGACUAUUCAAAGACCUAUGCUCGGUCCAAAUAUUAUGACGAAGCAAAACCCUGGAAUGAAAGGUGUGAUGUUGCGUUUGCUUGUGCUUCGCAGAAUGAAAUUGAACAAUCUGAUGCCAUUAAUUUGGUUAAUGCAGGUUGUCGUCUACUAGUAGAAGGUUCCAACAUGCCCUGUACUCCUGAGGCAGCUGACUUCCUAAAGAAAGCUAGUGUUCUCAUUGCUCCUGCAAUGGCUGCUGGCACUGGAGGGGUUGUGGCUGGAGAGCUUGAACUGAAUCAUGAAUGCAGUUUGAUGCACUGGUCGCCAGAGGAUUUCGAAUCUAAAUUGCAGGAAGCAAUGAAGCAGACUUAUCAGAGGUCCAUGAAAGCAGCAGCUGAUUUUGGUUAUCAAAAAGAAAAUCCAGAGGCUUUGGUACAUGGAGCAGUCAUCUCAUCCUUUCUGACCAUUGCUCAAGCUAUGACUGAUCAAGGUUGUGUAUAGAAGAAACAAUUGAAUGCCACCGCCAUGAAGCUUCAGCACAGCAAGUGAAGUAACCAAUUUGCAGGCUGAUGAGAGAGCAUGUUGUCUUGUAAAAUAUUUAAUGUAACAAUUCACAAGUUUUUCAAGAUAAAAAUUAUUUAAUUAA